UGCAGCUCCAACUGCGAGCUAUGACCCGCUAGGGGGUUUCCUAGAUUGACAUUUACUCGAGAACGAUUUCACGUAACACUGACCUCCGCGAAAACGUCGCAACCGCAAUCCUCCGGCCGUCUCUUAGCUUCGCGCAAGCUGCAUCACUUUCUAAGCUCACAUAUCACCAUCGGAGACCUCGAACACUUUUGACACUGUUGUUCAUCGACUAAAUCUCUCACAAGAUGGAUCGCCAACUUCCUUUCAGACAGUUUCCCAAUCAAGCAGUACCUUUAACCGGCUUGUCCUCAAGAUAUUCAAGAUCUGGAGCCCCUGUUCGAUCAUUUCCGCCUCCCUUUCCCCGUGUAGCAGUGGACGCUGUUGAUUUGCGUCAGACCCGGUGGCAUAUGGCCACCCAACAAGCAUCACUUCUGCGGGCCACAGGGCUUGUGCAUGCAAUGCAGGUUGAACAGGUGGCUCAACGUCUCUUCGUUCUUCUUCAAGCCUCAGGCGCACACUUCGACUCUAUCCCACAAGUUCAAGCGAUAUCACAUGCAGAAGCAAGAACAAUCUGGGCCCAGCAUCCACCCCAAAACCAGAGAGUAGAGCCCUCAGACACGAGCUCAGAUCAGCCGGUCUCGCAGCCCGAAGAAGCUACAGACACCCCAGAUACUCCCACGGCACCCCGGCUUAGCUUCUCAACUCUCACUAUAAAUGAAAACCGUCCGGUAACGCCCACCACAGCUGAGUUUGCACCUUUCGUUCCUGGCCCCUUACCCAUUCCGGAGGCUACCACCCCUGAGUCGGAGGAGACGGACGAGGAAUCCGACAAUAUCCUUGAGCUCAGACACUGGAUGGAAUGGGAAACUUCAAUCCGAGUCUACACCGCUCCAGAUCCCAUUCAUACCUACACCGAGCUCCGUGCUGCGCUCCUAGAGCACUGCAACAUGACGCACGUCACAUACACAACAGUACCACUGAUUGUUCCGCCGAUUCGCGCACUCAGCGGCGCCGGUACCUUCCUGUUCGCCGAUGGUGUUUUCACCAAUGGAGCUGGCCUGUUCGCGUUUUUCUCACAAGACUCGAACAUGGUUUGGUGCCAUUGGGCACAUCAGCCGUUGAGAUUCCCGUCGAUGAGAUCGAUGGUGGAGGGGAUGGAGGACCAGGGAAAGAUAUCUAGGGUGGAGGAGUGGGCGACUGGUUGCUUGGACUAUACAAAGGUGUGGUCGAUAGCGCUCAAGGCCUUCGACGUCGCAAGGAUGGGAGAGGAGGGAGGCGCGGACGGGGCCUGGCCACACACAUUGUGGUAUGGGGAGGGAGAGGGGUGGAACAUGUUGCCGCCGGGAGGAUACUUCCGGGUCAUUGACCCAAUAGUAUACCCAGGGUUCACCCUUAACAGUGAGGGACACGACUUCCUAAAGGGGACUAGUGUCCCCACGGUUAAAUAGCUUCGACUGAGUCUCACAGACUUAGUUCUCUACACACUUUACAAUACAUUUGAAUGCCUUCAAAUACAUCAUUCACACUUCUUCGAAUAAAGACGGGUAAUCCCUAACUCUGGGGAUGACCAUGACGAACGAGGUCAGGGCUCAAGAAAUCAGACAAGUCUAGCUUUGCUACAUCUACGGCGAAUAUAUCCUCUACUCUCCACUCAGCCACUUUUUCCGCAACUGCCUGCUCUCCUGAUGUGAAUUCGGGUUUUGCUAUCGACCAGUCUUCUACUAUCAACCAACAUCGGAUUACGAACAGCUCUCUAACCGUUAACCAAUACCUAACCGGAAAUACCACGUCAGAGCUUCUGGCAAUUCAUGCCGAU